AUGAUUGUCGAGAAAAAGUCUGAAUUACUGGUCACUUCUCCAGAGUCGGUUGGGGUCCACUUCUUCUCUUCCGCGGUGCGUCAAAACUUCGGCUCACCCGAACUUCUUCUCAAACGAACACCAGGUCCCUUUCUUCACCCGGCCAAACGAACUGGAUCCACUUCUAAAUUCCGUUGCGUAACUCUUCUCCAUUUUCCCCACUCUUUCUUUCUUUCUUCUUCUUCCUUUUCCCCACUUUUCCCUCCAUUUUCCCCUUUCUUUCUUUCUCCUCCAUUUUACCCAUUUACCCUUCUUUCUUUUCCUCCCUCCAUUUUACCCUCUUCUUUCUUUCUUUUUUACCCUUUUCUUUCUUUCUUUCUUUCUCCUCCAUUUUACCCUUUUUUUCCUCCCUUUCUCCAUUCUUUUUCUUUUUCUCCUUUUUCCCAAUUUUCUUUCUUUUCUUUCUUUUUUUUUACCGUCGUUCUUUUUUUUUCUCCCUUUUCAUUCCUUUCUUUCUUUCUUUCUCCUCCAUUUUACCCACUCUUUCUUUCUUUCUUUCUUUCUCCUCCAUUUUACCCACUCUUUCUUUCUUUCUUUCUUUCUCCUCCAUUUUACCCACUCUUUCUUUCUUUCUUUCUUUCUCCUCCAUUUUACCCACUCUUUCUUUCUUUCUUUUUUCCCUCCCAUUUUACCAUUUCUUUUUUCUUCCAUUUUUUUCAUUUUACCCCUUCUUUUUUUUUCUUUUCCUCCAUUUUACCCUUUCUUUUUUCUUUCUUUUCCAUUUUACCCCUGCUUUUUCAUUUUACCUUCUUUUCCCAAAUUUUCUUUUAUUUUACUCCACUUUUCUUUCUUUCUCCUCCAUUUACCUUCUUCAUUUCCUUCCAUUUUACCCACUCUUUUCUUUCUUUCUUUCUCCUCCAUUUUACCCUCCCUUUCUUUUCGUUUCUUCCCCCUUUCUUUCUUUCUUUCUUUCUCCUCCAUUUUACCUUUUUUCUUUCUUUCUUUCUAUUUUCAGUUAUUUCCUUCUGUCGUUUUUCUUCGCCGUUUCCCAACCUCGUCUUUCUUCAUUCGCUAACAUGUCUUCCUUUCUCAUCCAUCACUUUCCCAUUUCCCAACGGAUUCUUUUUUACGUUUCAUUCUAUUUUUUCUUUUCGAACUGAAAAAAUUCUCUUUUUUCUAAUUCUUCAUUCCUUCUUAUAUUUUCUCAAUCCCCUCUUUCCCUUUCAAUUUUUCACGCAUUUUCUUUUUCCUUCUGUCAAUUGCAAUUUUACGACAGUAUCUUGGGGCAACGAGAACGAGAGCGAAGACAAAGGUUAUGGCUUUCUUUUUCUGUAUUUUCAUUGCAUUAAUGCUUCUAGGUCUGAGUCCGGUAAGAGCCGACCAACCCCCAUUGACAGCCAUUGUCAUUCUCUCGCAACCGCCUAUCCGUUUUUACCUCCGUUGCGAGCAGAGAGGCAGGCGUAUCAUCUUCUCUUCCUCCUUCCUGUCAGUGCCACCCCUCUAUAUCCUCUCGGUCACCUUUUUAACAAUUGGGGACGACCCUUGUCACACUAA